GAUACAGUGACCAUCCGGACAAGGAAGUUCAUGACAAACAGACUGCUUCAGCAGAAGCAGAUGGUGAUUGACGUCCUUCAUCCUGGAAAAGCCAGAGUCUCCAAAACGGAGAUCCAUGACAAAAUGUACAAGACAACCUCCGAUGUCAUUUUUGUCUUAGGCUUCAGGACUCAUUUUGGUAGUGAGGAGACAACUGGCUUUGGCGUGAUCUACGAUUCCCUCAACUACGCCAAGAAAAAUGAGCCAAAGCACAGACUGGCCAGGCGUGGCCUGUGUGAAAAGAAAAAGACUUUCAGAAAACAGCGUAAAGAGUGUAAGAACAGGACGAAGGAAGUCACGGGCACAGCCAAAGCAAAUGUCAGAGCUGGCAAGAAGUUAGCCAUCCAGUGGAUUUCACAGAAAAUCUGA